UGCCGGCGUGGCGCGGCGCGGCGAGCGAUGCGGGUGCGGGUACGGAGCUGGCAUGGCGUCGCCUCCUGGCUGUGGGUGGCCAACGACGAGAACUGCGGCAUCUGCCGGAUGGCCUUCAACGGCUGCUGCCCCGACUGCAAGGUGCCCGGUGACGACUGCCCGCUGGUGUGGGGGCAGUGCUCGCACUGCUUCCACAUGCACUGCAUCCUCAAGUGGCUGAACUCGCAGCAGGUCCAGCAGCACUGCCCCAUGUGCCGCCAGGAGUGGAAGUUCAAGGAGUGACGGCCGCGCUCCGCCGGUACACCGGCUGGCUGCCGCCGGGGCCGCUUCCCGCCGCCGGCCGCCCCGCCCUCAAUAAACGUGCGGCCGCCGCUCACACCCCCCCACA